AUUACGCAGAAAAGUUAAAAUUUUUUCAAGCCGUUCAAAUUUUGUUUCUUAACAACUUUUAGUGACAAUUUUUAGGAUAUUAACGUUCAGUAAUCGAAACGCUGUGUGUUAGCGUUCCUAUAGACGUAUUUGGAGUAUUCUAACAGGCAAAAAGAUAAGAAAACUAGAAAGCCUAAGAGACUGCGCGCGAAAUGCCACUGCACCAGCUGGAUCCCAGCCUGGUGGAGAAGGCCAUCGGAUUCCACGGCUUACCAUUGCAAAAAAUCUGGGAAGGCGAACGUGGUGAAACCGAUCUGUCUCAGCUCGGAAUAGUCGAACCAAACUAUGACGUCUAUCAGUCCCGGCAGAAGACGCUCACCUUUCACGACCGUGCCAAACGAUUUAAAUUGCAUCAGUUUCUUUCGAAGAAGGCGGAUUUGCUAUACGAUAGUGCAUUAACGACGAAAGGUCGCACCGAACGACGGCUUCAUGGAGAUUUUCAGCAGUAUGAACAGUUUUUGAUUCCGCCGCUAGAUAUUUUCAUGGAUUCGGAUGCAAACGAUAAAAUAACUCACUUUCUGGAGACUGCGAGACCCGGCGAUGUCGUAUACGGGAUUGUCCUGAAUCGAACUACACAAGGAAUUAUAUUUAAAGUGUUAUAUUCGCUGGGUAACACCUGCUGCUUCGCCAACUCCGCAUCCAUAAAGGCUUAUGUAUCCAGUAAUUACCUGGUGCCUGUAACGGACCGGAAUGGGGCCCCACGUAAUUUUGCCGCUAAUGAUUUGAUAUGUUGUGAGGUGACUAACGCCCAACCGGAUGCUAGAAAACUAAUCUGUACUAUGCAUCGCACCAAUAACAGUCGUUCUCCGACCAAGAUCAAUUAUGGCUUAAUAACGGCGGAGGAUUUACCGAUGGCAUACACUUUUGCGGCAGCGAAGGAGCUUAAAUCUUACGAAUACUAUCUACGUAAGACCCCCUCAUUCAAUGAUCCCCGUGCUAAUGAGUAUUUGAUGCAAGAGCUUGGCCUCAGCACGACCGAUUUUUACACCAACAUGUCUGGACUCAAAGGAAAAUUCCCGUCAUCGGAUUACGCAGGAGAGCUGCGUAAUAGUCAAGCUAGCAAGUGGGCUUUUAGAUCCGUAGCGGAAGGCAUCGAACAUUUCAAAGAAGGACGCCACUCGGAAGCAUUCCAGUGUUUGAACAAAGCGCUCAGUAUUGAUGCGCGCAAUGUAGAAGGACUGGUGGCACGAGGUGCAUUGUACGCCAAUAGCGGCUCCUUCAAGAAAGCGGUUGACGAUUUCGAGAUGGCGUUAAAGAUUAACUCUUCUCAUGCUAACGCACGCAAGUACAUGGGCGAAACAUUGGUAGCCUUAGGUCGAAGCUACGAGGAAGAGAAUCGCAUAGAAGAAGCCAGAAAAGCCUACCAGGAUUGUUUGAAUAUCAUUCCUCACCACGAGGAAGCGCAAAAUUCGUUGGAAUUUCUUAAAACGAAAACUUUCACCAAGCAGAUUGUGGCACCCAACGAGUUGGAGUUGCCAGCUUUGAAUAUACCCAAGUCAUCGCAUGAUCGUAGCAAACAGUCGAACAGCGGCAACAGCAAGCAGGAACCGGACACAUCGGGUGUUAGUGGCUCGAAGGGUCGGGAUGGUUCCGAAUCGCGCAAGGACAAGAAGUCUGCCAAGAAACCGGAGAAAAAGAAACGUCACAAGAAACAGCAAAGUAGCUCCAGCGAUUCCAGUUCGAACAGUUCUGAUUCGAGUGACUCAAGCAGCGGUUCGGAAAGCAGCAGCAGCGAUUCGUCGUCCACUACAGAUUCGUCCAAGUCAUCUCGAGCUAAGAAGCGUAGCAAGCGAAGUAAGAAUGAAAAGAAACUUAAGUCGCUGUCUCCGCUUAGCAAGCGUAUGUCGGCUGGCAUGGGUAACGAUACCCGUGCAUCCGAUGGACUGUUUCCGUUUGGCAAUCAAUCCUCCGCCAUGGGACAUUCGUCUGCCGGUGCCGACGAAUAUGAAUUAAAGGUACGCAAAUUUUUGGACAUGCCACGCGAUGAAGAUGACUAUGAGGAAAAGGUACGCCGUUUUGUAGCGGAGGCCGCCAAAUAUCAAAAGGAGCGUAAGGCACAGGACGAUAAAUCCAAAAAGAAGAAGAAGAAGGAGGAAAAGAAGGUCAAAAAAGAAAGCAGAAAGAAGCGCAAGUCUGAGGAGAAGAAAAAGUCCAAAAAGAAGGAGAAAGAUGAGGAUGUGCUGAACAACGAAAAGCUAAAGGAAGCAUUGAAAAUCUUUGAAAAUUUCCCCGUACUGGAUGAGCUUGGUUCAAAACUGUCACAAUACUACUCGAAGAAGGAAAGUGCCGUUGCCGGACCGAGUGGAAUUGCAAACGUAAUGUCGUCACUUCUUUCAAAGAAUACUAAAAAGGAAAUGAAAGCAGAGAAAACUGUAACAAUAAAACCGCCCGAAAUGACAAAAGAACGAGCAGCGAAGGAUGGCAAAUGGCGCAUGAUGUUCAAUAAAGAUGAGCGUUCCGCCAAAGAACCAACCGUAGUGAAGGUUACCGUUCCAAAGCAGUAUGCAUUUCCCAAUGAGUCGGACGAUGAGAGUGGAACGCUCGGAGUAUUCCAAAUGCAACAACAUCAGCAGCAGUUACAGCAGAAGGCGAAUGCCAGGAUAGUUCGCUAUGAGGAAAAAACCAGAAGAGGGCAACUCAGUACGGAAAAGCAAAAGGCAACUGUCUCACAAAUGGCACCAGUCAAAUCUGGGCCUGUUGUUCUGGAUAAGUUUGGUAAUUUCAGAUUGGCAAAUGCUGACGAUGCUAAACCGCCUGAGCCCUCUGGACCGCCUCGUCAGUCACGCAGUAGAUCACGUGGACGGCGAUAUGGCAGCUCCAGCCGGUCAAGGUCGCAAAGUGGCGAAAAACGAAGGUCCCGCUCUGGUAGCUUUAGACGGCGUUUCAGCCGCUCAAGAUCGCGCUCUUUCAGUCGAUCACGAUCAAGGUCUUACUCUAGAAGUCGCUCCCGUUCGCGUAGCUUUGAGCGUCGUCGUUUCGAUCGCCGUGGCUAUCAUCGCGGUCGGGGUGGCUUUUAUGAUCGACCGUACGGAAAUCGUUUCGGAUACCAUCAUCGUGGUGGUGGAUUUAUAAAUCGCCGCGGUGGUUUCCGCGAUUUCGGUAAUAACAAUCGAGGAGGAUACGGAGGACGACCAUUCCGACCUCGGUUCCGCGGCAACAACAAUAACCAUCAUUACCAGCGAUUCCAGCGAUCUUACAGCCACAGUAGAAGUGAUAGUAAAUCACCGGAGCGUGCUGCGAGCCCUGGUGAUCGGCAGCGUGAUCGUUCCCGGUCGCACGAUAACGACAAGCGUUCGGAUGAUUCUCCGAUUAUAAUCAAGGAACGGGACACACCGCCGAAAAUGAAAAUUAAGAAGGACGACAAACCUAGCAUUGAUUCGGAACCGAGUACUACAUCAACUGGCAACGAUGGUGAUGGCCGCUGGGGAGAUAGAGACCCACCACCACCUGGAGAUGACGAUGGAAUAUUGAUGAAAAAAUUAGGUGACCCGUAAACUGUUCGUUUUUUUGUAGUUCUUAGCGUUCUACAACAAACAAUUCGCAAAUAUUUGAAACAUUGAUAAAUCUUGUUUGCAUACUGUGGAUUUUAUGAUUCUGAUAAUAUUUCCCAAUAUUGCACUUUAAAUAUAACAACAGAA